CCUCAGUGCUUUGACGCGGUCUCCCAAAGGCUGUUUAAAUGUAUCAUAUUGGAGGCAUGGAUAUCAUCAAUCAAUUCAGCUAGCAAACUGGAGAAAUGCCCUGAUGUGAAACUUUCGAUUUCUCCUGGUGUUACAACAGCCACCUGUGUUGAGGGUCCUUGCUCUUGCUCGACCUUUUGUAAGGCCAUGGCCCUGGAACGUAGAGAAUUCUGAGGUGAAGUUAACUUUGUAAUGCUGACUAGGCUGAGAUCCCAACUCUUGUUCUUGUUUGACAUUGUUAUCGUUUAUUCAAUCUUUGACCAUGGAUUAUGUGGUUGGUGGCAAGUUUAAACUGGACCAGAAGAUAGGUAGGGGAUCUUCUGCGGAAGUUUAUUUAGGGGUAAAUGUGCAAACUGGAGAAAAAAUUGCUGUGAAGCUGGAAUCAACUAAAUCAAAACAUCCCCAGCUUCAUUACGAAUCAAAGCUGUAUAGGCUUUUACAAGGAGGAACUGGAAUUCCAAACGUCAAGUGGUUUGGCAUUGAAGGUGAAUACAAAACCAUGGUUAUCGACCUUCUUGGGCCAAGUUUGGAAGACGUUUUUCACUAUUGCAAUAGGAGGUUCACUUUAAAGACAACUUUAAUGCUGGCAGAUCAAAUGAUUGAUAGGGUUGAAUAUAUGCAGUCAAGAGGAUUUCUUCACCGUGACAUUAAGCCCGGCAACUUCUUAAUGGGUUUAGGUCGUAAAGCAAAUCAGGUAUACAUGAUUAACUCUGGUCUUGCCAAGGAAUACAGGGAUCUUCAGACACAUGAUCAUAUACCAUUCAGGAAAAACAAAAACCUCACAGGAACAGCUUGCUAUGCUAGUAUUAGUAACCAUCUUCGAGUUGAACAAAGCAGAAGAGACGAUCUGGAGUCUCUUGGUUAUGUGCUUAUGUAUUUUUUGAGAGGAAGUGUGCCAUGGCAAGGUCUGAAGACUGGCAACAAAAAGCAGAAAUCUGACAUGAUUAGUGAGAAGAUGAUGCGUACACCUAUAGAGGUCCUGUGCAAAUCCUAUCCCUCAGAAUUCAUAUCAUAUUUCUAUUAUUGCCGAUCAUUACGGUUUGAUGGCGAGCCAGAUUACUCAUACCUGAAGAGGCUAUUCCGUGACCUUCUCAUUAAAGAGGGUUAUCAAUUUGACUAUGUGUUUGAUUGGACUAUCUUGAAGAAGCAUUCACAGCUCGCCUCCUGUUCAAUAGCACGACAGCCUAUUCCAAUAUCACCUGUGAAUCUGAGACCAGCCAUUAAAAGUGCAGAAAAGAUUCCUGAUGGGAAGGAGAAAGAGGAGAGAAGAGUGAAAUUUGCAGAAGAUGUGGUGGAGCCAAGUGGGAAUAGUGAAGCAUAUUGAAAUCGUCGUCGUUUUAAUAAGUAUAAAGGGACAACUAUACAAAAUUUAACAAAAAGAUCCGUAGUUAAUAGUUUGGUCUAUAACAAUAACCCUACCGUCAAUAGUCUGGUCCAAAGAUGCCCUUGUUGUUACUUAAUGGGUCAAAAAUGCCCAUUUUCCAAACGAUAUUGUUUCUUUUCUAUUUUCCUAAUAAUAUUCUUCUAUUAGCAAGUACUUAUCCUACUUGAAUUCGGAUAAGAUUAAGAAAUAAAAAUAUUUCCCAUGUUAUUAGGAAUAUUUUUUGUCGUUAUCUAAAUGAAAAUUAAUGAUGAAGUCACUAUGAUCUUAUAUAUAUAUGUAGAACCUCUUAUCAGUUAAAAAGGUACAUGAAGUUAUUCUACUUUGAUUGAUAAAAUAAGAUUAAGAAGGAAAAAAUAUUGUUUCCUACUUAUUUAUUAGUUAAGUGAUUUUAAAAGAAAAGAAACAGGAAUAAGGUUCUUCAAGUAAUAUUUUUAUCAACAGAAUGUGUUUUUUCAAAAAAAGAAAUAAUAUAUUAUACGGAAAAUGACACUUUUUUGACCCAUAAAGUAACAAUAGGGGCUUUUUUGGACCAAACUGUUGAUGGCAUGAGUGUUUUUAGACCAAACAAUUAACUGAGGACAUUUUUAUUCAAUUUCACAUAGUUUAAGGGCAUUUUUGAUCUUUUACCGUUUAUUAACUUCCGCCAUGGCCUCUUUGUUUCAUGAUGAAUUCUUGGAUGCUCAGUUUAGUCAGCUUCAGUAACUGCAAGAUGAUAGUAACCUUGAUUUUGUUGGUGAAGUUGUGUCUCUCUUCUUUGAAGACUCAGAAAGACUUGUCAAUGAUCUCACCAUGGCUUUAGAUCAGCCCAAUGUGGACUUUAAGCAGGUUGAUGUUCGCGUUCAUCAGCUCAAAGGUAGCAGCCUCCAGUGUUGGCGCUCAGAGAGUGAAGAUUGAUCUGUCCCUUUCUGCAACUGUUGCGAUGAACAGAACACUGAGGCGUGCUUGAGGUGUUUUUAGACCAAACAAUUAACAAAUAAAACAUUAUUUGAGUUGUAGCACCUGGAGGAGCAAUUCUCAUGGUGCAAUAAUCCGAUGGUCAAGGGCUUAGCCCCUAUUGCAGGCAUAAACUUUUCGCGGAGAAGAGUUUUCUUUUGGUGAAUCACAGUAUCAACUCUAUCUAUAAGGUUGUCUGAGCUAAGUGGUCUAUGCUUGCUGUGAUUAUUGAUCAAAGAGUGUCGAGAAACAGUGUAAGAUUUUGAUAGUUUCUCUUUAUAAAAUUUAAGAUUCUAAAAUUUACCUUUCUACUUCUGGAAAAAUAGUCGAUUUCACCAUUUCGAAGAUGGGAAUCGUUCAUGUGGAGACUAUUUAGUGACAACAACUAUCAACUGUGUCUGUUAAUGUAGUGAAAGGGCUUCAUCGUAAGAAAUAAAAGGGGAUAACAGAUA